AUGAGACGCUCGUGGACGCUCGUCGCAGCGAUAGCCCUGGCUGCAUCGGGGCUGGUAAGUGGCGGUUUCCACGAGAAGAGGCUGCUGAACGACCUGCUGGACUCGUACAACGUGCUGGAGCGGCCGGUGGGCAACGAGUCCGAAGCCCUCGUGCUGAACUUUGGCCUCACGCUCAUGCAAAUAAUCGACGUCGACGAGAAGAACCAGUUGCUCAUCACGAAUCUCUGGCUGAAACUGGAAUGGAACGAUGUAAACAUGAGAUGGAACGUUUCGGACUAUGGAGGUGUACGAGACCUCAGAAUACCGCCGAGUCGGUUAUGGAAACCCGACGUUCUUAUGUAUAACAGCGCCGACGAGGGCUUCGACGGCACUUACCCGACGAACGUUGUCGUAAAGAACAAUGGGACCUGUAUGUACGUGCCGCCCGGUAUAUUCAAGAGUACUUGCAAGAUCGACAUUACCUGGUUUCCCUUUGACGAUCAGCGCUGCGAGAUGAAAUUCGGUUCCUGGACGUACGACGGCUCUCAGUUGGAUCUGCAGCUGCAGGACGAGUCCGGAGGUGACAUCAGCAGUUUCAUCACUAACGGCGAGUGGCAUCUGUUGGGGGUACCCGGUAAGAGAAAUGAGAUCUACUACAACUGCUGCCCAGAACCGUAUGUAGACAUCACUUUUGUCGUCAUCAUCAGAAGACGCACACUCUACUACUUCUUCAACUUGAUCGUGCCGUGCGUCCUGAUUGCCAGCAUGGCCGUCCUCGGGUUCACCCUGCCGCCCGAUUCCGGCGAGAAACUCUCCCUCGGGGUAACCAUCCUCCUGUCCCUUACUGUGUUCCUGAAUAUGGUUGCCGAGACAAUGCCGGCGACAUCCGAUGCCGUGCCGCUUUUAGGGACGUAUUUCAAUUGUAUCAUGUUUAUGGUGGCCAGUAGUGUGGUCAGCACGAUCCUCAUCUUGAAUUAUCAUCAUCGGAAUGCUGACUCCCAUGAAAUGGGUCGAUGGGUUAAAUUAAUUUUCCUGUAUUGGCUACCUCGCAUUCUCGGUAUGUCAAGACCAGGACAGGAAGAACAAGACAAGGAAAUACAAAAGUCUCAGAAGCCAUCUCCUGUCACGGGUGCAAGCAAGUCGUACGGUGAUCUAGAGCUGCACCAGAGGAGUAGUAAGUCCCUCUUGGCAAACGUCCUGGACCUGGAUGACAACGCGCUGGCGUCUCACAACAAUUUGCUGAACAAUGUGUACAGCACACCCGGACCUCAUCACGCGCACGCGAUGGGUCACGGCCACAGUCACAUACACACGACGCCCCAUCAUCAUCAUAGCCACGCACCCACGACGCCGCACCAUCAGCAUGCGACGCCGCUGCCGCAUGCAUCGUAUCCCCAUCAGAUUUCGCAUACGCCGCAUCAUCAUCCACAUCCGCAAGACGCGCCAGCGCCGCAGGUCGAGACGAUACUCCAGAACGCGUGCUUUUGUGCUCGUUACGAGCUUGUGCUAAUCUUGAAGGAGAUUAAGAUGAUAACGAAUCAACUGAAGAGCGAGGAUGAAAACACGAAGAUCUCGAACGACUGGAAGUUCGCGGCGAUGGUGAUCGAUAGGAUGUGCCUAAUCAUUUUUACUCUGUUCACCAUCAUCGCUACCAUCACCGUCCUGCUGUCAGCGCCGCAUAUUAUCGUCACGUGAUUCAGAAAAGCCAGUCUGCCGCCGGUGGUUCCGGGGCCGACGAGGAUUGCGUGCCAGGCGCCGGCAUCGACGGACGCCGCACGCGACGCUCUAACCGAGCGUCCGCCCUUAACCGAUUUCCGCCAGAUCGGGUUAAAGGGUGCUCAUCUUCGGGUUCGCACGCCGCUUCGUUUCGGAGACCUGCGCGUUAGGAAGAAAGCAAUACGGGGAGUAACUUCGUUUCUUUAUGAUACACAUAAUAAUACCAGUAAAAAUAAAAAUAAUAACAUUACCGAUAAUGAGAAUAACGAUAAUAG